AUGAACGCUUGGAAGGACGAUCCUAACGGUUCACAAAUUGGACAGAGUGCCCCAGUUCUCGCCGUUCCGUCUCAGGCGACCCAGAAGGACACCAGUGAACCCUCGGCCACCGAACCACUAUCGAGGUCGGACGCUACAAUGGUGGCAGCGAACGAGCCGAGCCCACAGCCUAAAAACAGUACAACAAACCCUGUUCCGUCUUCUUUUAAACCCUACGACGGGAGCAAAGAUUUUUCGUGCUGGCUGCGCCGCCUUAAGUUCCAUCUAGACGAUGUUCCACAAAACGAACGCAGCCGUACGGUGCUUCAACAUCUUGCAGACGACCAGAUGGACAAGGCACUCGAUGCCGGCCUCACCCGCCACACCCCUUUCCAGGUGCUGUGCGACCAAUUACAGAGGCCAUUCCAACCCCCAUUGACCAUUGAGGAAGCCCUUGACCAGUUACUAAAACGUUCCUUAAGGAGCGAUGAGACCCCUCGGCAGUUCGCCGACGCGUUACUUCGGCUCGCACGCGACGCCUUCCCCUCACUUUCAGCGGCUGAUAGAGACCAAGUGGUCCUUUACCACUUCAAACGCGGACUCGGUUCCCAGGAGGUGACGUAUUCCCUGAGAAUUCUGCCACCGGGCGACCUCAACGAAGCCAUCCAGCGGGCAUCCCGCAUGCUAACAACCGAUGCCCCAACAGGCGAUAACCACCCCCGGGCUGAACCGUGGAAAUCCACGCCAGACCGCAGGCAACAGUACAACACCUGGACCAGACCGCACUACCAGCCUUCACAACGAUUCAACCGCGACAGCCGACACCCCACGUUCCGCACGCCCUAUCGACCCCCACCGCUCAACACUGGGCCAAGACAAUUCCGGGGAGAUAGAGACAGUACUGCGGCGGCGAUUACCAAGGAAGGUAACCACAUCAUUCCCGUCUGCUUUGAUAACGCGUCACAUAGUUUACCGUUUUACACGGCGAUUUACCUAGACGACAAACCCAUUAAGGCUCUAGUCGAUACAGGCGCCACCACGUCCUUAGUUAGGGCAGACGUACUAGGCUCUAAGUGGCUUAAUCUCGCCCGACAAAGCGGUCGCUCACCACACCUCAAAACCGCAGACGGGUCACCCAUGACCACUUUAGGGAUGGUUCGACUGCCCAUCUCCUUCCCAACCAGCGUUAAGGAACAAGCGUUUGUCGGCACCCACACCAUGUCGUGGGACAUGAUACUCGGCCUAGAUUUCCUUUCUGAGCACAACUGUUGUAUUAUGGUCAAAGAGCGCAUACUAUCCUUAGGGCAUAAGCCACCGCCUAACCACCCAACAGCCGCCGAGUUUGACGAAGAAGCCACCUGCGCGGCCAUCGCAGUGUCGGUAGCCUUACCGUCCACAAGUGUAGACACGGUCUUACCCCCAGAUGAUACGAUCGCUCUUACCGACAAGGCAGACUUGAAGUCACUUCUGACUGCGUGUAGCGAUGUUUUCGCAUGGGACGAUACCUCCUUAGGCCGCACCGCUGUCAUCCGUCACAGCAUUGACAGCGGCACGUCGAAACCUCUGUGGCAACCACCACGUCGCAUUCCACCACACUUUCAGAAGGAGGUGAGCGACCUAAUUCAAACGAUGCUGACCACAGGGAUAAUCCGCCCCUCCAAGUCGCCGUGGGCAUCGCCAGUCACAUUAGUGCCCAAAAAAGACGGCAAACUCCGAUGUUGUAUAGACUAUCGGCGACUUAAUGCGGUCACCACCCGCGAUUCGUUUCCACUUCCAAGAAUUGAUGUCACACUCGAAGCGCUUGCAGGACCCCAAUGGUUCUCAACGCUGGACCUGAAGUCCGGUUAUUCGCAAGUUGAAGUAGAACCUAAAGACCGCCCAAAAACAGCGUUUAUACUACCACAAGGGCUUUUUGAAUUCGAAACCAUGCCGUUCGGGCUCUGCAACGCAGCCGCCACCUUCCAACGGCUGAUGCAGUCCGUCCUGGCUCACUUAUACCCUCACAGCUGUUUAAUAUACCUCGACGACGUGAUCGUGUUUGGACGCACGGCCCGGCAACAUAACGAUAACCUCGCCGCAGUGCUCUCUGCUCUCCGCGACGCCGGCUUGCGUUUAAAUCCACAAAAGUGCAAGUUUCUGUGCCGGAAAGUCACAUUUCUCGGCCACGAAGUCAGCCCGCAAGGCAUUCAGGCGUCACAGGAAAAAGUAGAGGCAGUCAGAUCAUGGCCUACGCCGAAGACCCCAACUGAAGUCAGAGGCUUCCUCGGCCUGGCCUCCUACUAUCGCCGCUUUAUCCUCCACUUUGCGGAGCUCGCACGUCCCCUCCAUCGGUUGACCGAAAAAGGUCGCCCAUUCGCAGGGUCCGACGAUUGUCAACAGGCCUUCAAUGAGUUAAAAGCAAAACUCACUUCGGCACCGAUAUUAAUGCUACCUGACACGAGUCCUGAGGCUCCCCCUUCAUACUCGAUAGCGACGCCAGCGGGUUCGCGAUCGGGGGCGUACUCUCACAAGCCGACGAGACAGGGGCCGAGCGACCGACUUGCUUUGCGAGCAAAACCCUAUCGAAGCCCGAGCGAAACUAUUGCACCUACCGACGAGAAUUGCUAG